UGCGUUUCAACAAAAUAAAGCCCACUCUACUGCCGACUACUGCAUUGGUUGUGCAUCGAACUGUGAUGCGUACGUACAAUUGUCUGCUGCUCCGCUGUUGUUGUCUUUCGUAACGUAGCGUUCGCCUUGCAGGGAGUGUCGCUUAGUGAACCAUCGAUUCGCCAAUUUCUGAUUAUUCCAACGUGAAAGUCGUGUAAACAGUUCGACCAGCUGCAGAAUCCGGACGGCUCCAUUUUACACAUCCCAAAUCGGAGAAGAUUCGCGAACAUGUUAUCGUCACCGAAGAAACUGUGCUACCACGAUGAUUCCUUCUAUAAUUUUUUGAUACGGGAUACUGAUGGGAAAUUAUUCUUGCGGAUCAGCGGUGGCGUCGGUGGCAUCAAACUGAAGGAUUUCCUAAAGGAGAUGCGGAAGCAAACUAAAAAAAUCUGUGUCGACAUCUCUGUAGACAAAGCUUUUUUUUUUUACCGCAAUUUUGUUGGGGAGUUUGUUUUAAUUCAUUCACAAUUGGAAUUGGAGAAGACAUUAGAGAUUACAAAAUACUUUGGUUCAAUGCCAUUAUAUCUAGGGAUUUCCUUAAAUAAAAAAAUCGCUGAAAUCUUUGCAGAAUGCGAGCAAUGUAGAAACAAAAAGAAAUACAGCAAUUCGCCCAUGCUCUCUAACAAGACAAAUCCCAAGUCUAGAACAAAGUUCAGUUCAGAACAAAGUUCGGAAAAUGUUGAAAUUGUGAAAGAAUGCAUUGAUGAAAAAUUUCUUGGUGAAAAAUGCUUGGAUGAAAUUCAUCAUCAAAGUAUCUUUGAACCUUCGAGAAUACCAUCAUCUCAAGAAAAAUUAUGCAACAAUUUGCACAAGAAACAGAAAGAAUCGAAGGACAUGAAAGUUUUAAGUCAGUUUAAUGAUUCGAGUACUGUGCCUCCUCCUUGGUUUGAGGAAUAUAUGAAAACGAUGAAGGACGACAUGAUAUAUAAAAUCACACACGAAGUGACGAAGAAGGUGACAAAAAAGAUGUUUAAACAUUUGGAUCUUUUUCUACAAAAUCUACCUGUUGAACAGAAUCAACCCUAUUAUAUUUCUUCUCCUUUGGAACGAGAGCCACAAUGUUCUUCUAAAUCGAUCGAGAAGAACCAAGGCCAGAAGAAAUCUCAGGACGAGGAGCAAUCGAGUGACGCCUCGAUUGAACGCAUAGAAGAGCCACAAAACGCGGAUACCGCGAAAGAUGUACAAGUGACAAAGAACGAGAGAUCCACAGUCAACAGUAAGAAAACAAUAAAGGACAUAUCGGAGAAUCUAAUUACGAUUGUUCCAUCAAAGAAACAUAAAAAAUCUGGCAACUUAAUUAAGAAGAAUCAUAUAGAGAUCGAGAAACAGUUGGAGCAUGCAGCAACAGUUUCCGAACUAAACUUAUUUCCGUUUUGGGAAAUAAAAAGGAGAAUGCAAAAGAAUGCAUUCAUCGACUAUGAGAUUAUGGAAGAGAAGAAGAAUCAACGGGAGGCUCAAAUACGGCAGAAUUUCGAUAAUCUGAUGAAUGACGCAAUAUUACAGGAAAAACCCGAUGAAAAUUCGUUUACGGCAAAUCCGAAGGUUCGACCGAUAAAAUCAGCAGACUGGAAGCCGGGAAAGAUCGAGAACGGGUUCCAUAUGAGUUGCUCCGUAACCGGGCAUCAAAUGUUGGACGAAAAUCAGCAAAAUAUCAAAGAUCUCUUGUCAGGUCGCUGCAGCGACGCGUUGGACGACGCGCUGCAGGAUGACGUUGACAAAAUCAGCUUCUGCUCAUGCAAUCAGGAAGAAAACGACGAUGACACUUUCGAGAUCAUUGAGAUCCCUCCGGAGAAGAACGACUCGUUUACGCGUCAUAAGGAGCCCGUCGCCGAGCAAGAGGGACGCAAUAGCAGCCGGGACUCGCCGAGUUUCGAGCUAGUGACCGAACCCUCGUCGCCGUGCUCCAUAUAUAUCACCGAGGAUCAUUUCGCAGCAAACGAGGGAAAGUCUGAUGAGGAAGAUCCGCGGUCGAACAAUAAUAAUAAUUCCACAAGCUGUGGUGGAUACCAGCCGGAAUUUGACGAGCCCGUCAAGUCGAUGGACGCCGACUUGGAGAAACGAUCCGGCGGCGCGUACUCCUUUGUCACGGAGACGCUGCCUGCGCAAGAUUUCAACUCGUUCUCCAAAUCGUUGCGCGCGAAGCAGCGGUCAAACGAGGGCAAGUAUUCUCGGGACGACGGUAGAUCAUUGCCCGAAGACACAUGCGGCUUGUACGACGACGUGAGGAGCUCGCACACGAGCUACCUGACUGUACAGACUCAUUGCGACUGCCUCUCGCAAUGCGCCAAUUUGGGUGACCUCACGCAGAGCUUCCACUCGCACACCACGUCGAUCAACGAUAUGACCGAUGUCUCGCACCGCUUAGUGAACACCGACAAUUCGCACUCUUCGCAGAUGCCGAGCACAGAUGCACAAGAUGCGGCGGCGAUUCCCAAGAGCAGCGUUGAUCCACAUGUCGACAAUGAUCGGGUGAAGAACGCCAAGAUGAACGAGAUGCACGACGCGGACAAUUAUCCGAAGUGCCGCGUUUCUACUCCGCAAGAUGUUUUUACCGAUACUCCGCAUCAGUAUCAUCGAGCGAACGGAUUGCCCGACAAGUCGAGUCCCUACGCAGGAUCGGGAAAGACGUUCGCCGCCGAGCAGCCUGGCACCGCUGAUUCUGUCCACAUUCUGCCGGAGACGUUGGUCAUCGCGGCCGCGCAAGUCGGGUCGUUUGCUUACGACACUGCGCGCGAGGUGUUCGACAAGAUACGAGCGCACGCGAAGGAAGAUUCUACUAAACGCCGAAGCGGAACAAAGAGCGAUCAUAAGAAGCCUUUCGGCAAUUUGCCGUUUAUCUAAUGGACUACUAAUCACCGAACCUUCGUUUAUAUAGUUAAUACAUUAAACACUACACCAGAUCGCUAAAUAGAUCUCUUAGACGACGGGUAAAUAAGCGGGAUCGAAUAGGUGAGACGCGAAACUGCUUCCUGCAGAUACUUCAAGCGAGGUGCGAUUGAAAUGUAUAACGUUUAAUGUAACGUUUAAUAAAUGUAUAACGUUUCGUUUACAACACUCUAGUUUCUUCGCAGCGAGUGAAAUCGAGUUUCGUACGCCGAUUAUUAUUAAUUGAGAGACGCCAAAUAUGCAGAGUGUCUCACUGCUAACGGAAGGAAUUUUAAUGAGACUGAAUCGAUAAUGCAAUCAAUAGUUUGACAGAAAUGACGAGGACGGCACUGAGACAUUCUGCAUAUACUGCAGGAUAAUCUUUAAUUGCACGCAAUAAGUAGAAUUGUGAGAGUAUUUCGAGCCAAAGAAAUCCCAUGGAAUAUCACACUUUUGUUUAUUGCGUAAAAUUAAGGACCACUGUGUAUGUGAUAGCACUUACAGUUGCAAUUUACGCUACAAUAUAGACUGUUAACACUGGUCGUAGGUAUAUUAAAGUUUAAAAACUAAUUAUACACAUAAUAAAAAAGCAGGGAAGAAGAGUGAUAAAUGCGAUAAUUUUAAGUCUGUUUCGAAAUAUUGAGUAGAAUACGCGUUAUUCGGGGCUGAAUGGUCGUUGCUGGCCUACGCGGAUAAUUUUGCAAGCUCGCUUGAACAGGACACUGUUCAAUUCUGCUAAACGCACCAGCCUGCACACCGGUGCAGGUUUUAGUACCCAGAUUCUGCUCGCCGACAAACUUCCUAGAUUCAGAAAGUCCACUGGUCAGUUUUCCAUAUGGCGUUUCACGAAACAAUUGUCGAUGUUCGAAGAUAAGAGCACAGCGACACUGAAUAUUUACUCGACUUAUUGCACUAUCGUGAUAUUAUCGAAUCACACGACACGUACUUGUGUCGUGGAUUUGCGGAAAUAAAUAUUAUAGACACAAAAAAUGGUUUGUAGUUCAAAUAUAAAUUUUCUCGAUUUCAAAAA